UGAGAGCUUAGGCUUUUAGACAAAGUUAAUGUCCUGAACAUGUCCUACAAAUAGCCUGUUUGAGCAGUCAUAAAAAGGGGCAAGUUUUGGAGAGUGCCACCUGAGCAGCGAAUACUGGUACAUAUUAUGAUACAUGAGCACCUUUCUUUUCAGAGAUUAACAUGGAACACAGCGACUCCCCCAAGUAUCUUUGAUGGAAGAAUUCUUAGACUGGAUACAAAACAUUGUAAAUUUAAGUAUGGACAUAGUACUGUUAUUAACAACCCAUGCUUUGUUUUCAAGAUUAGUGGUAAAUUACAAUUUCCUUUACCUUCUAAAACAACUUCAGUGAUAACAACUAUCAAACCAAGUGCAAGUACAUCUUUGUUAUACUCCUCUACAACACAAUUGCUUUCAACACUGCCUACAGCAGUAUCUCCAUCUAUAACUCAAGUACAGCCAACACAAGGUGUAACAUCAUCACAUGUUGGUACAUUUACAAAGGUCUCUAUGGUAACUACAACACCAAGACCUUCAAGUACUCCCCCUGUAGUUAUAUCUAGAGGACACAAAGAUGAGCAAUCAGGUGCACCUGUAGGAGCUAUUGUGGGACCUCUGGCUGGCAUUCUUAUUAUAAUUGGAAUCGCAGUCAUACUAAUUUUCUUAUGGAAAAGAAGACAAAGGAAAGCUACCAGAAAAAAUGACAAAAUAGGAAAUGGACAGAAUCAUAAAGAUAACCCAACAUAUGGUAAAAAUGAAACAAUUGAUUUGUCAAAACAAAAUAGAGGUCCAAAAAUCACAGGUAAUGAAUUGGAGUAUGAUUAUGCAGCUGUAGAUGGUGACCCUCGUGCAUCUAAUGGCGCGGCACCCAGAAUAUAUCAGAGUUUGAUCAAAGAUCCUAACAGAGAAUCAGUUUACACUCCUCUGGAAAGACAGGAGGCAAAUCAGUAUAACAAAGUAGAAAGGGCACCAUUUAAACCAGCUCGUAAUGGUCCUACAGAUCCAACAUACAAUGUCCUUGAAAGACCCAGUGACAACAAUGAUGACUACUUAGAACCAGGGUCCCAUAUUGAUAAGAACAAAAGGCCCCCUUCUAAACCGGCCCCUCAAAAUAAUGAGCCUGUGUAUAAUGUCCUUGAGGGCCCUAAUCAAGAGGGUGAGGAUGAGCCUGAGUAUAAUGUACUGGAAGAUCCUGAUGCGCAGGAUGAUCCAGAAUAUAAUGUCCUAGAGGACCCAGAUGACAACUAUGAUAAUACCCCAGUUGAGACAGAUAGGGGACAUCCUUCAUCUCAUGAUAAUGUUGGCUAUGCAUCAACAAUUGACUUUAAGAAAAGGCAGGGGACCAAAAAUGAACCAGUGUAUGAAGCACCUGAAGGCCCAUCAUCUGAGCUAACAUACCAGCCCCUACAGAUAAAUGGCCAAGAUAAUGUUUAUCAACCAUUGGAUCGUACAUCAAGAAUGAUUCCUGAUGACCAGCCAGUAUACCACGUGUUGGAGAGCCAAGGAAGUGAGGCUUAAUAUGGUUUUCUUAUCCACAGAAACCCAGGAAUAAUCUUCUGUCACUUGUUUUUUGCUCUCAGAAAUAUUAUACCCAUGGGCAUAAAGUCUUUAGAGCAUCUUCUUGAUUUGAAAUUUAAAAUGGCAUCCAGUUUAACUCAGUAGUCUCCUUCAUGGUUACCUGCGCCAUGUUGA